AUGGAAUCAUCAUUAGAGCCAUUAGAGGGGACAUCUCAAAGUCAUAUAGAUAAGAUUUCACAAGAUCCAUCUGUGCUCCCAGUCCAGAGAGGAAAGCAAGACCCACGUCCAAAAAAGCAUAGGCAUCCUAAGAAGGGUGAAAGGACAAAGAGAAUGAAAAAGAGAAAGAAGAAGGAGAAAAUGAAGGCCCAGUGCCCCCCGAGUCUUCCAACACCUUUGGCACCACCACAAAGAGAAGAAGAUGAAACUACAGAUAAAACACCAGCCCUACACAGUGCCCAAAAUGAUUCUGYCUUUCACCAUGAGGACAGGGUACAGAGACAGCAGGACAAGAGUCCCUGUGUGAUGGAUCUGGAAUGUCAGAUCCAGCCCUGUGAGCUCUCAGUGGCUCAGGAACCUGGGCCACCUUCACCUGCAGUGACAUCCUUGGCAUCACCACCACCCUGCUUUGGUCGUUUCCUAAGCUGUGUCUGUCAGACCUUCUCAAAAUCUAGGAAAAGGAAACUUUGCAGAAGAAAGAGCAGCAACCAAGAUGAAACAGGAGGUGAUGCUAAAGUUCCAAGACCUGGUCGGCUAAGUGACCUGGGCCAAAACAAAGUGUAA